AUGCAGAUCCCACCAGAUGAUCCCCGCAUCAGGAACCAGCGUGACUGCAUCCCCUUCUUCCGCUCCUCCCCAGCCUGCACAGAGAGCAACAUCACCAUCCGCAACCAGAUCAAUGCACUCACCUCUUUCGUGGACGCCAGCAUGGUGUAUGGCAGCGAGGACUCUUUGGCCACUAAGCUUCGAAACCUGACCAACCAGCUGGGGCUGCUGGCCGUCAACACCCGCUUCAGUGACAAUGGUCGGGCCCUGCUGCCCUUUGACAACCUGCGUGAUGACCCCUGCCUCCUCACCAACCGCUCUGCGCGCAUCCCCUGCUUCCUGGCAGGGGACCCCCGCUCAAGUGAGAUGCCCGAGCUCGCCUCCAUGCACACACUCUUUUUGCGGGAGCACAACCGGCUGGCCACACGACUCAAGCGCCUGAACCCAGGCUGGGAUGGAGAGAGGCUCUACCAAGAAGCUCGCAAGAUCGUGGGAGCCAUGGUCCAGAUCAUCACUUACCGGGACUACUUGCCCCUGGUGCUGGGACCACAGGCCCUGAGGAAGUACCUGCCACGCUACAGAUCCUACAAUGACUCGGUGGACCCUCGAAUCUCCAAUGUUUUCACCAAUGCCUUCCGCUAUGGCCACACCCUCAUCCAACCUUUCAUGUUCCGCCUGGAUAACCAGUACCAGCCCAUGGGGCCCAACCCCCGCGUUCCACUCAGCAAGGUCUUUUUUGCUACCUGGAGAGUAGUGCUGGAAGGUGGUAUUGAUCCCAUCCUUCGGGGCCUCAUGGCCACCCCUGCCAAGCUGAAUCGCCAGAACCAAAUCGUGGUGGAUGAGAUCCGGGACCGGUUGUUUGAGCAGGUCAUGAGGAUCGGGCUGGACCUGCCUGCCCUGAACAUGCAGCGCAGCCGGGACCACGGCCUCCCAGGGUACAAUGCCUGGCGGCGCUUCUGUGGGCUCCCGCAGCCCAGCUCGGUGGGCGAGCUGGCCACAGUGAUGAAGAACCUGGGCCUGGCCCAGAAGCUGAUGCAGCAGUACGGCACCCCCGACAACAUUGACAUCUGGAUGGGCGGUGUGGCCGAGCCCCUGGAGCCCAACGGCCGCGUGGGCCCGCUACUUGCCUGCCUCAUUGGGACCCAGUUCAGGAAGCUCCGAGACGGUGACCGGUUUUGGUGGGAGAACCAGGGCGUGUUCACCAGGCAGCAGCAGCAGGCGCUGGCCAAGAUCUCCUUGCCCCGCAUCAUCUGUGACAACACGGGCAUCACCACCGUGUCCAAGGACAACAUCUUCAUGUCCAACACGUUCCCCCGGGACUUUGUCAGCUGCAAUACGCUCCCUGCAUUGGACCUGACUCCCUGGAGGCGGAGUGACUAG